GUGAAAUGUUGGCUAGGGUUUGUAGAUUCGCAUCUUCUUCUUCUUCUCCUGCGGCGAGAUUGUUCUGUACGAGAUUGAUUCAUAUUCCUAUCGCCAAGAUGAUGAAUCAUCCUGAAGCAGCUUUCCGAGGAGAGACUUUGAAGCUUCAGAGUGGGUUUCAUGAAAUCAAAGAGUUAGAUGAUGCGAUUGAUUUGUUCAAUGACAUGGUACGAUCUCAUCCCUUACCCUCUGUGAUCGAUUUCUGCAAAUUGAUGGGUGUGGUGGUGAGGAUGGAAAGGUCAGAUGUUGUGAUUUCUCUCCAUAAGAAGAUGGAAAUGCGAAGGAUUCCAUGUAACAUCUACAGCUUCACCAUUCUGAUAAAGUGUUUCUGCGGCUGCUCUAAACUCCCGUUUGCUUUGUCUACGUUUGGAAAGAUCACUAAGCUUGGGUUUCAUCCGGGUGUUAUUACGUUUAGCACGCUGCUCCAUGGAUUAUGUAUGGAAGAUAGGGUUUCUGAAGCCUUGGCUUUCUUUCAUCAAAUGCCAUGUAGUCCCAAUGUCAUAACGUUCAGCACACUGAUGAACGGUCUUUGCAAAGAGGGUCGAGUUCUCGAAGCUGUUAAUCUUGUUGAUCAGAUGAUGGCAAAUGGUCUCCAGCCUAACCAGAUUACUUACGGAACAAUUGUAAACGGACUGUGUAAGAUAGGCCACACUGUGUCUGCAUUGAAACUGCUGAGGAAGAUGGAGGUGAGCCACAUCAAACCCAAUGUGGUAAUCUACAGUGCCAUCAUUGAUGGCCUUUGGAAAGACGGACGUCAUAUCGAUGCUCAAAAUCUUUUCAGUGAAAUGCAAGAGAAAAGAAUCUUUCCCAAUUUAGUUACCUACAACUGUAUGAUAAACGGUUUUUGUAGCUCUGGUAGAUGGAGCGAUGCGGAGCAGUUGUUGCAUGAAAUGUUAGCAAAGGAGAUCAGCCCUAAUGUCGUAACUUAUAGUGCUUUAAUCAAUGCAUUUGUCAAAGAGGGCAAGUUCUCUGAGGCUGAAGAAUUAUACGAUGAGAUGCUUCCAAGGGGUAUAAUCCCUUGUACAAUCACAUAUAAUUCAAUGAUCCAUGGAUUUUGCAAACAGAAUCGUCUUGAUGCUGCGGAGCAAAUGUUUGAAUUGAUGGCUACCAAGGGCUGCUCUCCUGACGUAUUCACUUUCAAUACUCUUCUAGACGGAUACUGUGAGGCUAAGAGGGUAGAUGAUGGAAUGGAACUUCUCCAUCAGAUGUCUAGAAGAGGAUUAGUUGCUGAUACAAUUACUUACAACACUCUUAUUCACGGGCUCUGUCAGGUGGGCGAUCUUAAUGCUGCUCAAGACCUUUUACAGGAGAUGAUUUCUAGUCGUGUGUGCCCUGAUAUCGUAACUUGUAAUACUUUGCUGGACGGUCUCUGCAAUAAUGGGAAACUAAAAGAUGCUUUGGAAAUGUUUAAGGCUAUGCAGAAGAGUAAGAUGGGUAUUGAUGCUAGUCAUCCCUUCAAUGCUGUGGAACCUAAUGUUCAAACUUACAAUAUUUUAAUCAGCGGAUUAAUCAAUGAAGGGAAGUUUAUAGAGGCUGAGGAAUUAUACGAGCAGAUGCCCCACAGAGGUAUAGUCCCAAAUACUUUCACCUAUACCUCAAUGGUCGAUGGAUUAUGCAAGCAGAUCCGUCUAGAUGAGGCCAAACAGAUGUUUGAUUCGAUGGGUAGCAAGAGCUUCUCCCCAAAUGUAGUGACCUUUAAUACGCUCAUUAAUGGCUACUGUAAGGUAGGAAGGGUUGAUGAUGGGCUUGAGCUUUUCUGCGAGAUGGGUCGAAGAGGGAUAGUUGCUGAUGCAAUUACUUACAAAACCUUGAUUCAUGGUUUUCGUAAAGUGGGUAAUAUUAAUGGCGCUCUAGACAUUUUCCAAGAGAUGAUUUCCAGUGGUGUGUGUCCUGAUACCAUUACUAUCCGCAAUGUGCUGACUGGUUUAUGGAGUAAAGAGGAACUGAAAAGAGCAGUGGCAAUGCUUGAGGAUCUGCAGAUGAGUAUGGAUCGUCAUUUGGGCGAUGAAUAAGAUCAAAGCUUUUCUAUUGUUUGCAGCAGAGCUUCAAUGUCAUUUUGUUUUUGCUGCUGCAUUUAUACCCUA